AUGGCUCUGUAUUAUUCAUUAUAUGGAAGACGAUGUCGUUCUUUGGUUGGUUGGUUUGAGCCUAGGGAAGCUAGAUUAUUAAGCACAACUAUGGUUCGUGAUGCUCCAGAGAAUGUGAAGUUAAUUCAGGAGAGUCUUCAUAUGGUGGAGUCCAGGCAGAAGAGUUACGCUGAUAGGAAGGAUCGUGAUGUGGCAUUCAUGGUGAGUGAGAAGGUUAUACUUAGAUAUUUUUCUAUGAAGGGUGUGUUGAGGUUUGGGAAGAAGGACAAGUUGAUCCCUCGGUAUCUUGAUCCAUUCAAGGUGUUGUUGAGAGUUGGUGAGGUGGCCUACAGACAUGCUUUGCCACCCAUCUUGUUGGGAGUUCAUUCAGUGUUUCAUGUUUUCAUCAUUCGGAAGUAUUAUGAGGAUCAGUCACACGUGUUAGAUUUUAGUUCAGUGCAGUUGGAUGAGAAUCUUGCUCAUAAAGAAGAGUCGAUGGCCAUUUUUAAUAGGCAG